UUUUGGGAAUAUUCGGGGCGUCAGAUCGGACGGUGUUUCUCGUGUAGCUAGGCGCUUAGAUUCGUGGAUCCUUCCAUUUGUGCGCGUCGGGAGAUACCCCUAGGCGAUCUUUAGAGGUCCUCCUAUGUGGCGCUCGUUGUGGGGAGCGAUGCGAUGGAUCAAGGCGAGGUAAGCCUAGAGGCAGUGCGAUCGCGGCAGAGAGAAUUUGGGGUUCUUUAGGGGUCACUUAGAUCGUUGAGAAACGCUUCCAGGGCAGCAGUGAAUUUGGGUCUUGGUUCUAGCUCUUCGAGGAUUUUUCUUUGGUUCUAUUCUAGCUCCUCGAUCGUGUUUUUGGAGGAAUUUUUUGCUGGAUGGCGUCCUACAUGCUCGUCAAUUGUAGCAAUUGCCGCACGCCUUUGCAACUCCCGGCUGGAGCGAAGGCCAUUCGCUGUGCGCUUUGCCAUGCCGUCACUCACAUCGCCGAGCCUCGCAACGUCCCACCAUCGCCAUACUCGAAUGGAGCUCCUCCUGCCAAUCCCCUCCAGUACUCCCCGAGUGUUCCCAGCGCUCAUGGAUCCAAGCGAGCGCUCAUCGUCGGGAUCAGCUACAAGUACUCGCGUUACCAGCUCAAAGGUUGCAUCAAUGACGCCAAGUGUAUGAAGUUCUUGCUCAUGAACAAGUUCCAGUUCCCGGAGUCUUCGAUCCUUAUGCUCACAGAGGAAGAGAGAGACCCUCUACGACUUCCCACGAAGCAAAACAUGAGGAUGGCGAUGUUUUGGCUCGUCCAGGGAUGCAAGUCGGGAGAUUCUCUCGUCUUUCACUACUCGGGCCAUGGAUCGCAGCAGCGGGACUACACGGGCGAAGAGGUUGACGGAUAUGACGAGACGCUUUGUCCCGUGGACUUUGAGACGCAAGGAAUGCUCGUGGACAACGAGCUCAACGCGACUUUGGUCAGGCCUUUGCCUCGUGGAGUGAAGCUCCACUGCAUUAUCGAUGCUUGCCACAGCGGGACUGCGCUGGAUCUUCCCUUCCUCUGCAAGUUUAACAGCUAUGGCCAGUUUGCUUGGGAAGAUCAUCGGCCUCGAUCCGGGGCUUGGAAAGGUACCAGCGGCGGCGACGCGUACUCAUUCAGUGGCUGUGACGACGGGCAAACUUCGGCCGAUACUUCUGCUUUGUCGAAAGUUACUUCGACUGGAGCUAUGACUUAUUGCUUUAUCCAGGCCAUUGAGCACGGGCAUAAAACUUAUGGAAGUGUCUUGAAUGGGAUGCGUCAGGCUAUCCGGAACGCGAAUACCUCCUCGGGAGGGAUCGGCGGGGGCGGUGUGACAACUCUUAUAGGAAUGCUUUUAACCGGUGGAAGCGUCGCUGGUGGAUUAACGCAGGAGCCACAACUUACAUCCGCGAAUCUCUUCGAUAUCAACAUGCCAUUCACCCUUUGAUUCUUGGAGCAGCCACAAUAAUUCUUGUGAAUCACCUUUGUAAAUUAGCACAGAUUCUGGAAGCUUGGUUUUUCUCUAAUCAGUCACUCUAUACUUUGCUUGAGGUACCACCUAUUGAAAAGAAUGAUUUUUCUAUGGUUU